AUGGGAUAUAGAUUCCUGAUCAAUUUCAAUGCAAUUCAAAAAGUCUCCAAAAUCUCAUCAUCCUACUCUUACAAGAAUUUAAAUAAUCCCACCGCUGCACUCCUUGCUCUCAAUUCUGAGUUAUAUGGGAAUUCUAACGACAACCCGAAUUUCAAGGUUCACAAGCGGUGGCAUAUAGGCCAUUCCCACCACCAGCAUGACCACCACCAGGAUCUCAGCUCCGGCAAGGAGGGGGACAAGAUUUUCCGGCUUGGCCUAGCUGCUGAUGUUGGCUUGGCCACCGGUAAAGCCUUGACCGGUUAUCUUUCCGGUAGCACUGCUAUUAUUGCUGAUGCGGCUCAUUCAGUCUCCGAUGUGGUUUUGAGUGGGGUGGCAUUGUUGUCCUUCAGAGCUGCCAGCGCACCGAAGGACAAAGAACAUCCAUAUGGACAUGGUAAAUUUGAGACAUUAGGAGCUCUUGGAAUUUCUACUAUGCUUUUGGCUACUGCUGGAGGCAUUGCAUGGCAUGCUUUGGACAUCCUAGCCGAAAUGUGGUCUGUUGCUCCUGAGAUAGUUAAUCAGUCCUCAACUCAUGACCACGUGCACGGCCACCACCACGGUGCACAUCACCAUGGAAUGGACAUGGAACACCCAAUUCUGGCUUUGAACAUGACUAUAGUAUCCAUAGCUGUUAAAGAAGGGUUAUAUUGGAUAACAAAAAAGGUGGGGGAAAAGACGGGCAGUGGUCUUAUGAAAGCCAACGCUUGGCAUCACCGCGCUGAUGCAAUUUCAUCAGUAGUUGCUCUCGUAGGGGUUGGUGGAUCUUUUCUUGGGGUGAGAUUCCUGGAUCCUCUUGCUGGACUUGUCGUUUCAGGAAUGAUCUUAAAAGCUGGACUUGAAACUGGUUACCAAAGUAUCUUGGAAUUGGUGGAUGCUGCUGUUCCAUCACAACAACUAGAACCUUUUAAACAAACAAUUCUAGGAGUUGAGGGAGUCAAAGGAUAUAAUCGCCUGAGAGGAAGGAAAGCUGGUUCAUCUCUGUAUGUUGAUGUAGACAUUGAGGUAGAUCCCUUUUCUAGUGUUAGUGCUGCACAUGAUGUUGAGCAUAAUGUUCGUCGUCAACUUCAGCAGUCCCAUCCUGAGAUAGCUGAAGUGUUUAUACACGUAGAGCCUUCGACUUCUGAGAUUCCAUCAAGUUUAACCAAUCAUCAAGGAAAUAAGAGUAAAGAUCACCAGAGCAGUACUGUCGAGUUGGAGCAAACAGAUGUUGAAGAUACUGUUUCCAAUAUUUUAUCAUCUAAUUUCUUGGAGAAAAUGGUGGUUGAGCGCAUAACACGCCAUGUGUUGCAAGGGCAGAUUUUCCUUCAAAUCGAGGUCUCCAUGCCCCAGGACAUGUUAAUUAGCGAGGCCGUGAAGGUUGCAGAAGAGGCAGAAAAAAAGAUUUCAGAAUCCGUAUCUAACACUGUACACAUCUCCAUUCAGCUGCGACUCAGGCAUCAAAUACCAGAGCUCUAG